AUGGUAGACUAUAAUUUAACCAAAGAAGAACGUUCCCAGCAGUCCGAAGCGUCAACAAGUCAAGCUCCCAAUGUAAAAGAGAAACUGACUGUUCUAGAUGAAAGCAGAGCAGAGAAUAUGGGAGUAGAUACAAAAUACACAGGGAGCUCCAGUCGGAGCCGCAGGUCUUCUGAUGCUUCUGGAACUUCCCAGUCAAGUUACCGAAGUCCGAAAGAUGCUCUACGCCAUCGCAUAUUGCACUUGUCUGAAUUGCUGAGGGUGGAGAAGGCCAAUCGUGAGGAGAACCUCUCCACUUAUGUGGAACUGGUAAGCAAAGCUGAUCGGGACAAGGCACCUUCCAUCCGUCAAGCAUUUGAACGUAUCAACCAACGCUCCUCAGCUAAUAUUGCUCAUCUCGAACAGCGUCUGCAGGAUUGCUUAGUCCAACUGAAGAAAUUAGAGCAGAAGAAUUUCCCACCUGCAGACAACAGUUCCUCUUCCCCGCCCCAAACUCUCAAGGUCAGUGUGGCCCAUCCAGGGCCAUAUAACAUACUCAGGUUCCGCCCUACAGAAGCUCCUCUAAUAGAAGAAGGCUCCAUCGCAAGUAGCGCAGAAAAUGAACCUAUCACAGAGGCAGCCUCAAAGCAGCACCUUGAAGAGGAUGCCAAAAAGAAGCUUCAUGAGCUGAAGAGCCAAAUCAUGGAGCUAAAGGACUAUCACAAAGCCCUGGACAAUCAGAGGAACAUGUUAGAAGAAGCUUGGAAAGUUGAUAAAAAGCAAAUUAUGGAAGUCCUACAGGAAGAAAAGUUAAGGCACUAUAACCUGGAAAUACAAGUGAAUGAUGUAGUACAGCUAAAUCUCAAUGAAAUCACCAACCUCAAACAUGAUCUGGCCUGCACUGAGGAGAAGAUGGUGUAUCAAUCUUAUGAGAGGUCCCGGGAUGUCUGGGAAGUGCUGGAUUCCUACCAGACCCGGCUUGUCAAACUGGAACAGCAGCAGCAAGCCCAACAACAGGAGGCAAUGGAGGUGCCCCAGGCCAGUAUGUAUAAGCUUUAUGGACAGCUCAUGAACCUUCUAUUGACCAUCGCUGCCAUUAUCCUGGUGUUUUUUUCAACAAUUUCAGCCUUUAUAGUUCCUCUUCUGCAUACUCCUAUGCGGGCCAUGUCCACUCUCCUUGUCAUCGUCCUCAUAACUCUUGCAUGGAAUCACUUCUCUGACAUUACUGAGUCAGACUGGAAAACGUGGCUUUCUUCAUCCUGA